AAGUCAUAACCAAUCAAACAAACAGUACUCACACCUGCCGGCCUCGAAAGUAUCGAAGUAAAGGAACCUCAAAACCUUUUUUUUUUUUUGACAGAAAAAAAACCUCAAAACCUUAACAAGGAAAUAAACCAAACAAAAAACACUGCACUACAUUGUUCUUCCUAUAAAUACAUUCCUCAGUGUUUUUAUCACUCAUUUUGUUUCAUUUCAUUUUCAUUACACACUCACUUUGUUUCCUCCGUCAUUCCUUAGAUCUCAGAUCUCUCUCUAAUGGCAUCCAUUAUAGGAACCUCCAUGUCCCUUCUCCCAAACCAAUCUAUGGUUUCUUGUGCUAGGAUCUCUGGUCCAAGAUCAGUUUCCCUUUCAAUUAAGGGAAGAAAUUUUCCAUCCAUUACUUCUCAGCCAAGAGGACGUCGAUUUCAAGUUGUAUGCGCGGCUAAACCAGAGACUGUCCAGAAGGUGUGUGACAUAGUCAAGAAACAAUUGGCCCUGCCAGAAGGUUCGGAUGUUACCGGAGAGUCAAAAUUUUCUACACUUGGAGCCGAUUCUCUUGACACGGUUGAGAUUGUGAUGGGACUUGAGGAAGAAUUUGGAAUUAGUGUGGAAGAAGAAAGUGCUCAGAGCAUCACCACCGUUCAGGAAGCCGCCGACAUGAUUGACAACCUUCUUAAGACCAAGAUCUCAGAUCUCUCUCUAAUGGCAUCCAUUACAGGAACCUCCAUGUCCCUUCUCCCAAACCAAUCUAUGGUUUCUUGUGCUAGGAUCUCUGGUCCAAGAUCAGUUUCCCUUUCAAUUAAGGGAAGAAAUUUUCCAUCUAUUACUUCUCAGCCAAGAGGACGUCGAUUUCAAGUUGUAUGCGCGGCUAAACCAGAGACUGUCCAGAAGGUGUGUGACAUAGUCAAGAAACAAUUGGCCCUGCCAGAAGGUUCGGAUGUUACCGGAGAGUCUAAAUUUUCUACACUUGGAGCUGAUUCUCUUGACACGGUUGAGAUUGUGAUGGGACUUGAGGAAGAAUUUGGAAUUAGUGUGGAAGAAGAAAGUGCUCAGAGCAUCACCACCGUUCAGGAAGCCGCAGACAUGAUUGACAACCUUCUUAAGACCAAGGCUUAAACUAGCAAAGAGGACUUACAUGUCCAUUUUGGAGUUUUUUUUUUUUUUAAUAUUAUCUUUGGUGUUUCAGUUUGAUUGAACUUCAUGUAACUGCUAGAUCUUUUCUGGACUGAAUUAGGAUUACAAUAAUACGUUUUAAUCUUAAUUUUGUAGAACUUAUGUCUCUUUCAUCACCUAUAAAAUGAAAUUUGCUGUCUUGAGAUA